UGUGACCCUGAGAAGAUGAGAACUGUGGAGAAGCUGGUGGACGACCUCUCUGUGGCUCUGUCCCAACACUUCCCUCGAAUGUGGUCAUAUCUGAGUUCUCCAUCUCUGGACUGCAGCACGGCUCAUCCUAAAUUGGAAAUAUCCGGUGACAUGAGGCGGGUGUUCUGGAGGAGACAGCCGGGCGGUGAAGCUAUGAGCCUCCGGCCUUAUGACUCCCAGUACAGCGUCCUCGCCCAGGAGAGCUUCACUACUGGUCAACAUUACUGGGAGGUCAUAGUUCAGGAGAAACCGUACUGGCUGAUCGGGGUGACCACGGGGGUGGAUGUCAGAAAAGAGAGCACCAAUCAGAGUUCAUCAACUCUUAACUUAAACAGCACAUCCUGGUGCAUCUACCACGGGGACGGCCAGUACCUGGCAUGCCAUGACACCCAGGAGAAGCAGCUGUCAGUGGGAAGGAGAGUGAGGAAGCUGGGCAUACUGGUGAACCUCCAGAAGGGGGAGCUGUCAUUCUAUGACGCUGAUUCGAUGAGUCUGCUUCACUCCUUCUGUGUGCAGUGUGCAGAGCCGCUGUUCCCCAUGCUGAACCCCUGCAUCGAUGUGAACGGACUGAACAGGCAGCCACUGACAUUGUUUUACAUUAAAGACCCCUGAGACCGGAUUUAAAGAGCAGCAAAGACGGCCUCAGCUUCCUUUUUAUGUACAAAGACUUCAUGUCAAACACUUUGCAUGUUUAAUUCCUCUUUUUGCACACUGUAAAUGAUGUGUGGCUGUUAUAUAAUACACUACUGACCAAUCAUCAAUUAAAGAAAC